AUGCUCAGGAACCUGGCAGUGGAAGUCACGGCCUUCUUGGCCCUGACCCGCGUGGCCGACGCUAGUUAUGCAUUCUAUGUCGGCAAAAACCUCACUGCAGACGGAAGCGUAAUGGUUGGAGGCACAGGUGAAGAAGUAUCAAGCCAUUGGCUACAGCUAUUCCCGGCUCGCGACCAUGCUCCCAACUCAACAAUCACCGUGGGCGUCACCAUGGAGGCUAGCUUCCCGGGCGAGCUCAUCGAGAUUCCCCAAGCCAAUCACACAUUCCGUUACUUGAGCAUGGAGUAUUCAGAUUAUGAGGGAUUCCCGGCCCCUUUGACCAAUGGGGGUCUAAAUGAAAACGGCGUUGCAGUUCGUGACGUUUGGGCGGAUAAUCGGGAGGAGCUCCUCGAGAUGACGCCAAAUCCUCAGCACGGGCUACAGUAUAGUGACCUCGCACGUAUCGUCAUGGAGAGAGCAAGGGUGGAGCUCAUUGGCGAGCUCAUUGCUAAGCACGGAGAGUCUACCUACGGUGGUAACUCCCAUCUCAUUGCCGAUCACAAAGAGGGUUGGAUUGUAUGGGAGAUGGCCGGAGGAAAGGGUCUCUGGGCAGCACAACGCCUAGGACCUAAUGAUGUCAAGGUUCUAUAUCCGGGGUAUAUUGAAGAUUUUCCAGUCGAUUUCCAAAAGAGCGCGGAUUAUAUGGGAUCCGAAAAUAUCGUGACUUUUGCGAUCGAGCGUGGAUGGUGGAAUUCAACUUCUGGAAAGCCAUUCAACAUUUUCGACGUUUAUGGGCCUCAGGAUCCUCGCUAUAAGGCACGCGACGGUGGAUAUAAGUUCAUGUCGCAAGCUGCCUUGGAAGAUGCUACCCGUCAGAUGGCCCCCGUUACAGAGAAGGAUCUCAUGGAGCGUGUCAGAGAUCAUCGGAUUGCAGAUGACGAGGCAGGUUACGGCCAGGUUGUCAGUCUGCUUCCCAAUGUGGACCGAGAUAUGCUUCGAAUCUGGAUCGCACCCACUGGCUCUGUAUCCGCCCCUUUCAUCCCAUGGUGGCUAGGAGUCGACUCAAUUCCCGCUGAAUUUGGUGAACACCGAUACCUGACGACUGGAGCAUCAAGCAGCUUUCUCAACCCAGACUAUCAGCUCCAGGAAGCCUCGAUUUUUGCCGGGCGUGUUUUCAAACGGGUGCUAUAUUAUAUGUGCUCAUCACCAAACAUUUAUCUUCGAAUCGUGGCUGAGAUUCUGACCAAAUUUGAAUCGGAAUCUCGCUCCCAGGUUGAGCAGUGGGUGGAGCAGUCUGCCCAGCUCUUGAUAAAAGCAGGGCAGAGAAAAGAUGCAGGGUCACUACUGACAUAUUACUCUCAUUCUCGAGCGGCAGAGGGGCUAGAGAUCGGUCAUCGUCUGAACGAUGCCCUUGAUGGCUAUAUCAAGCUUACUGGUCAGUGGCGUAGUCCAGUGGGCAGUGAGAUCAAUGAUAGUAACGAGGGGAACGAAACGGUCAACUGUUUAGUGGGAUAUGAUCCUGACCAACCGGAAUACCUCCAAACGCCAGUUCGUUAA